AAUAGCAAUGACGGACAACGGUUUUGUGAAAGCACAGUCGGAUAAUCUUCCAAAAAUAGAUGCAUUUAUGAUGACCACAUAUUUUGCGUCAAACCCAGAUUUUACAUCUGCUGAGGUUAAAGGAGUAAAAGCUGCAAGGUCUCAACGAGAAUCAUACGGCGAUUCAGCUGUAGGAUAUGUACAAAUUAAACGAGAAGGGAACUUAUGUGUAGUGAAAGCUCGCAUCACACCAGAGCACAAUGUUCGUCAGAAGUCAUAUGCAGUACAAGCUGUAUGUGAUGAAGCUGAAGAAACUGUAAUUUCUGUGGAAUGUCUGGAUUGCGCAGCACACUUAGGAGGAUGUAAACAUGCUAUUGCAUUUUUAGCAUGGCUUCACCGACGUAGUGAAGAUCCUCCAAGUACAAGCAUUGAGUGUUAUUGGAAAAAAUCCAAGCUUUCUUCAGUUGGUACUAGCUUGAAGUUUAUUAAAGCAAAAGAUAUUUGCAAAGCACCUAAACUGAAUCCCGCAUCAAAUUCCUCAAGCACUGGCAAUUUUUUAACAGUGGUAAAAAAUAAUUGUGUGAGUGUUGGUGAUACAAAUAAUCAUCUGAUGAAAUUUUAUCAAUCUCCAAACAAUGCAGAGAGACUGUCGAUCCAUCAUUUAAUUCUUGCAAGCAAGGCUACAAACCCUGUUGAGUUUGUUGAAUAUUGCAAACUGGUAAUGAGUACAGAAGCAUGCGAACAAGCUGAAUUGAUAACUAAAGACCAAAAUGACUGUCCAUUAUGGCAUGAGCUAAGAUAUGGAAGAAUCACAGCUUCUAAGGCAUAUGAGGCUGCACAUUGUAAAGUUCUGGAUGGUUCCUUAACGGAGAACAUAUUGGGAGCAACCAAACUAAAGGACACAGAAGCUAUGAAAAGGGGGCGAUUUUUAGAAAGUCAGGUAUUAAAAGAAGUAGAGAAAAUUAAACAAAUAAAAAUAAAUAAGUGUGGCUUAAAAUUAAAUGCGGCUCAUCCUAUAAUGGGGGCUUCUCCAGAUGGGGAAAGUACUGUGUACAGCAUAGAAAUUAAAUGCCCAGCAUCAGAAAAAGCGUUGAACCGUUAUAUUGACAGCAAUAGUGAAGUGGCUCCAAAAUAUAUGGCCCAACUACAACUUCAGAUGCAUUUUGGAAAUAAAAGUAAGGGUCUUUUUUGUGUUGCUGACAAUAAUUUUGAAACCUCUAAGAAAGUAAAUAUUAUAGAGGUGGAAUAUAAAAAACAACUGUGUGAAACAAUAAUAGAAAAAUGCACACUGUUUUGGCAUCAAGCCAUUUUCCCAAAAAUAGGUAAAUUGUAAAAACUUGUACUUUUACUUUAUCUGAAAUAAAACAAAUGCAUUCUUAA